UAAAGACUCCUAAUUCGACCUCAAAAGUCUCGCGUGACCCACAGCACCGCCGCUGGUUCCCUCCCCAAAUGGCCACAGUGACCCCGGCUGGGCCAGGCCAUCUGGUGGGCCGGGGGCGGAGCCGGCCCCAGCUCUUUAAGGCCCUGGGCACCCUGCAGGCGCCCCGCCACCCUCGCGCGCGCUGAGCCCUGAGGAUGGAGACGAGGCCCCGCAGCUCCUCCAGAGAGGCGCACGGGCGAGGGCGAGGCGGCGGGUCCCCCCACAGGCAGAACAAGAAGGCCAAGGCCAAGGCCGGCGGGGGCCGCGGGCGCCGGGAGGCUGCGCCGGAGCGCCGGAGCUCUGGGCGGGCGGGGAGCCCCGAGGAGCCCCGCGCGCCCGCCGCCACCGUCACCGCCACCGUGGUGGACGUGGACGAGGUCCGGGGCUCCGGCGAGGAGGGCACCGAGGUGGUGGCGCUGCUGGAGAGCGAGCGGCCAGAGGAAGGUACCAAGUCCUCAGGUUUAGGGGCCUGUGAGUGGCUCCUUGUCCUCAGCUCCCUGCUCCUCAUCGUCGUGACUUUCCCCUUCUCCAUCUGGUUCUGCAUAAAGGUUGUACAAGAGUAUGAGAGAGUAAUUAUAUUCAGACUGGGACAUCUGCUUCCUGGAAGACCCAAAGGUCCAGGUCUUUUCUUCUUUUUGCCUUGCCUGGAUACCUACCACAAGGUUGACCUACGCCUCCAAACCUUGGAGAUACCUUUUCAUGAGAUUGUGACCAAAGACAUGUUUAUCAUGGAGAUCGACGCCGUCUGCUACUACCGGAUGGAAAACGCCUCGCUGCUCCUCAGCAGUCUUGCUCACGUGCCCAGAGCUGUCCAGUUCCUUGUGCAGACCACCAUGAAGCGCCUCCUAGCACAUCGCUCCCUCACGGAAAUUCUUCUCGAGAGGAAGAGCAUCGCACACGAUGUAAAGGUUGCCCUGGAUUCAGUGACCUGCGUCUGGGGGAUCCAAGUGGAGCGAACAGAAAUUAAAGAUGUGAGGCUGCCGGCUGGGCUCCAGCACUCGCUGGCUGUGGAAGCCGAAGCACAGAGACAGGCCAAAGUGCGGAUGAUCGCCGCAGAAGGGGAAAAGGCCGCCUCGGAGUCCCUGCGCAGGGCGGCUGAGAUCCUGUCGGGCACCCCGGCGGCCGUCCAACUUCGGUACCUGCACGCCCUGCAGUCGCUGUCCACAGAGAAGCCCUCCACGGUGGUGCUACCGCUGCCCUUCGACGUGCUCAACCUCCUGUCUCCCACGGGCAGCCGGGCGCAAGGAAGCAUCCCCCUGCCGAAUCCUCCCAAGCCCGUGGAGCCGCUGGACCCCAAAAAGAAGGACUCGCCCAUGCUGUAGGGGGCUGGGGCCGAGCAUCGGCGACUGUGUGUGUGUAUGGGGGGGUGCUGCCAUGUAAAGGCACGCCCGCCCAGCGAGGCUCUGUCCUCACUUCCUGCCCGCCCUCGGGUUGCCACUGGGAGUGCAGGUCCCACUGCAGCAACCCGUGAGACGGGGUGACAUCAGGCCAGGGUGUGUCACCCACGGGCAGAUCACUGACCCCUCAAUUAUGGGAAGAGCUUUAGUCCACUUCGUCUUUUGGAAUGAGCGCGCCUCUGCAGGCUUAGUCCCAACGUCCUUUGCUCCGAAUGUCCCCCGCCCCUUGCCGAGGCCUGUGCGGCCGCCACAGCCCUUAGUGCCCCUGUCGUUGCGCUCGGCCCGCUGUCCUGGCGUCCUGUCCCUAAGGUACAGGGGCCUCUCGGCCCUCCGGCUGUUCUGCCGAGGCCGUCACAGCCGGCAGCUUUCGGCUUCGCCUCACCUUGCUCACCCCCAGCCCCGAGAGUGGGCGCCAGGCACCUGCAUGCUCCCGAGUGAAUGGAAGAAAAAGAAAUGCACUCAGGUCAUUACAGAAUUUAUGCCUAAUUAAAGCAGUGUAAAGGAAGUAUUUUUAUGGAGACUUUAGAGUAGAUAAACAGAUGAACAUUUAUCUGAUGCUUACAAUCUGAGAAUGACACAGGGCCUGACAGUGAGCUGCUCAUUUGCUGACAGCUGCCCAUUUCCUCCAACAAUAACACCAUGCGACUUAUAUGCCCUGAGUAUUCUUUCCUGCUACAAACAUUUAAGAACAUAAAGACAUUCCCAUAUCGUCCAUAGCUUGUCUAUACAAUGUGAAAUUAAUAUCUACAGAAAAAAUAAACUAAGUAAAAAAGCAUAUCUAAGUAUACAAGUUCUCUAUAAGUUAAAAAAAAAGUAACAUCAUAAAACAUUUCUUGACUAAAAUAAAAUUAGAAAAGCACUACUUACGAUGGGAGUUACCAUGUUGCCGGCACAGAUGGAGGUGGCUGUCCCAAGAGCCCCAGUAUCUGCUUCUCUCCAGUUUGAACUGCCCGUUGAUUCUUCAUGUGACAUGAUGCCAUCAUUUUAUGCUGGAGAUGUGUUCCUUCCACCACCACCACCACCCCCACCCCCGCCAUGCAGGCUUAAAACCCUGUGUAGGAAAGCACCCAUGGAAGGUUUUCCAUCAUCAGCGUUGGCCCAGGAAGCUGCUGAGCAUGGUUUCCAAGAGAAGAUGCACCUGCACUCCUAACAGCAGGUCCAGAAAUUGUCGGAACACUUUGUUGGAGACAGACCGUUUUCCACUGUGUGUAAGUAACAGGAGGGGGGCCCAUGGUUGAGGAAGCCUGGCCUAUCUAGCAUCUCUCAGUCACCUUAGUAGUCCCUCCCUCUCAGCCAUCCCACUGUCCUAAAAAAUAAAAAAAUUCCCGUGCA